CGUCACUAUUUUUCUACAAUGUAGAAAAUAGUAAAUACAAAGAAAAACCCUUGAAUGAGUAGGUGUCCAAACUUUUYACUGGUACUGUACGUAACACAUGAAAUUCAAGUUCCUCUUUAAGUCAUUGCUAGGUCAACAGUAUGUUUAUUGCACCAGCAUUUCCUUUCUUGCAUAAUUUGUUGACACCAUSUGAAUGAACAAUGAUUGCUGAAUGAAUGCUUUUUCAUCUACAAGGUUCUAAAUAAUGUAUACACUGAUGGAAGAAAUCCAGAUUGAUUCCACUCACAAUGUAACACCUGCAAGAUAACAGUCACAUUGCGUUCAUCAAACAAGAUGCACCAGAGGUGUUCCUGACUUUAUCUGAAUAYUGUGACAUGAAUGAACAAAGUCGCUUUUUAUAGCAGCGCUCGGAACAAACGUCCACCUUGUUGUUAAUCUAACUUGUUCAUUAGAGGGGACUUUUUAACAUUCCUAGAAUAUGCAUUGGACCUAAUUCAGUCCAGCUUGAGGUAGAUUUACCUGACGUGAAAGGGAAUGCGGAGUCGUCGCCCAUAGUACCGGAUGCGAGCGUGAUGCCCAGGCGAAGCUUUCCGCUGCAGGGACGGAUGCGCUGGCUGUUCCUGGGGCUCGUCCUGCUGCUGGUCCUKUUCCUUUUUGCUUACUUGCUGGAGUGCACUCCCCCAGCUGACGUCAGCCUGGUCCUGCCUGGCUUGGGAGGGGAGUCCUAUGGGAAGGAGUACUACCAGGCCCUGCUGCAAGAGCAGGAGGAGCACCACCUCAGCCGUGCCGCCAGCCUCAAGCGGCAGAUCGCCCAGCUCAAGCAGGAGCUCCAGCAGAUGAGUGAGAAGCUCAAGGUCCUGCAGGACAGGAAGGAAGGCCUCGGGGUCCAGGGACUGGCUGAGACCAAGGACCAGGUGCCUGGGGAUCUCCUCGAGUUCCUCCACUCCCAGAUCGACAAAGCCGAGGUGAACACGGGGGCACGGCUGCCCAGCGAGUACGCCCUGGUCCCCUUCGAGAGCUUCAACUCCGGUAAGGUGUAUCAGCUGGAAAUGGGGUUGACCAGGCACCCAGAGGAGAAGCCUGUGCGGAAGGACCGCAGGGACGAGCUGGUGGAGGUCAUUGAGGCGGCCCUGGACGUCAUAAACAACCCAGACGAGGAGGAUGGCCAGGAGGAUGAUGUGCCCAUGCAGAGGCAGAUGUACACUGAGAGCCACUUUACUGAGGGGCUGUACAGAACAGAACGGGACAAAGGCACGCUCUACGAGCUCUUCUUUGCAAAAGAGGACUCCGACAUUUUCCGCCACGUUACUCUUUUCCGUCCAUUCGGUCCUUUAAUGAAAGUCAGGAGCACGUCCGUAGAAACAUCCGGAGUCGUCAUCAAUAUCAUUGUGCCACUGGCGGGCAGAACAGAGGCAUUCUCACAGUUCCUACACAACUUCAGGGAAGUUUGCAUAAAACAUGAUAGGGGAGUGCAUCUUACGGUGGUCUACUUUGGACAAGAGGGCUUACGAGAGGUGAAGUCUUAUUUGGAAAGAAUGUCCAGGGAGGAGAGUUUUUCCAACUACACCCUCAUCCCAGUGGACGAGGAGUUUUCCAGGGGCAGGGGUCUGGACAUCGGAGCCCGCGCCUGGAAGAAGGGUGACGUAUUGAUGUUCUUCUGUGAUGUGGAUAUCUACUUCACACUGGACUAUCUCAACACCUGCCUCCUUCACACCGCUCCAAACAAGAGAGUAUUUUAUCCAGUGGUUUUCAGUUUGUAUAAUCCUGCCAUAGUCUAUGGAAAUCUGGAGCUGGUUCCCCCCAUUGAAAGUCAACUUAUUCACAAGAAAGAUGCUGGAUUCUGGAGAGAUUUUGGCUUUGGAAUGACAUGUCAGUAUCGCUCAGACUUCCUUAAUAUAGGAGGUUUUGACCUGGAAGUGAAAGGUUGGGGUGUGGAAGAUGUCCACUUGUACAGGAAGUACCUGCGGAGCGACCUGAUCGUGACGCGUACGCCAGUAUCUGGCCUCUUCCACCUGUGGCACGAGAAGCAGUGUGCGGACGAGCUGACUCCAGAACAGUAUCGCAUGUGCAUCCAGUCCAAAGCCAUGAAUGAGGCGUCCCACUCCCACCUGGGCAUGCUGGUGUUCCGUGAGGAGAUUGAGAAUCACCUCCGCAAGCAGGCCUAUAAGACCCAGGGCAACACUGAAGACUGAAUUAUGCCUUUUCGCUAGGCGGCCAUUUUAGGUACUCUCUUGCAUCAGAACUCCUUGCUUUUUUUUAGCUUUUUUUUUUUUUUUUUUUACAAAUACAAGAACUGAGUUACACAUGCUGUUACUAACAUGAAUAAAAUGCACUAUACAGAAGACCUGUUUGCACAAAAUCCUGUUACAUUUCACAGAUUAGCUAAAGACACGUUUGGGAAUGUACGCUAGUAAAUGUGAAGCGUCAACUUUAAACAAGACUGAGAAUGACACCACCUGCGUCAACACAAAAAGACUGAUGGAACAUAUUUGAAGUUGGGAAAUUUGCAUGACCUAUCUAUCAAGUUAUUAAGGCAAUGUUCUUGCCUGUGAGAUCGAGCAAUCAAUGGACAGUGUUCUUCUUUAAAAAAAAUGUAUCCCAAUGAUAACUCUGCCAAGAUUGAUUUUAAGUUGUACAGUGAUUUAAAAAAGGAACCUUUGUUUGAAUAGGCUUUGUUGAAAGGGGAAAUAAACACUGCCUCUGACUUAUCAGCAUCGAAAAUGAUUUAUCCUAUCGGUUUUAAUUUUAUUUAUUUGGGAAAUGUACAAACAUGUACAGAUCGGACUGGAUUGUGACUGAAGAAUUAUCACAUUAUUAAUCUUGCCUUUCAUUAAGUUGAACCUUGUAGCCACUCAAUGAUGUGGUCGAUCUUAAAUGGAAUGUAUAAAUAGUUUUAUUGGUUUUCAGCCACGGAUUGUCAUACUUUGUCUAAAUAUGUGCCUAUUAGCUGGAGAGGAGGUUAAAGAUACUAUCCCUCCUGAGGCCAUUGAUAUUUAUGAGACUUGGGGCUCUUCAAUCUGUAUCACUGAAGCGUUACAGGAAAGGUAUUUGCCGAAUGCAGUCUCUAACACGGGAACAUUGCCUUUAAAUUUCAAUCAGGUUGUAACGCUGCACUUCCGCGAUAAGAAUUGAAAUAAACGCC